ACCAUGGUCACGCAAAAUGGUUCCUCCAUAACGGAGUUUGUCCUCGAGGGAUUGACCCGGAAACCAGAACUGCAGCUGCCUCUCUUCCUGCUGUUCCAGGGAAUCUAUGGGGUCACUGUAGUGGGGAACCUGGGGAUGAUCCUCCUCAUCACUUUCAGUCCCAAGCUCCAAUCUCCCAUGUACUUUUUCCUCAGUAAUUUGUCAUGCAUAGAUUUCUUUUACUCCUCAGUUAUUACCCCGAAACUCCUGGAGAACUUUUUGUGGGGGCAAAAUGUUAUUUCUUACAAUGGAUGUAUGACUCAGCUUUUUUUCUUUUGUUUUUUUGCUAUUGCUGAAUGCUAUAUGCUAACUGCCAUGGCAUAUGAUAGGUAUGUUGCUAUCUGUAGUCCUCUGCUUUAUAAUGUCACUGUGUCCCCAAAGGUCUGCAAUGUGCUCGUCAUUGGCGUCUAUAUUAUGGCUUUUUUAGGAGCUGUGGUUCAAACUAUCUACAUGACUAAACUUUCCUUCUGCGAGGACAAUGUCAUACGUCAUUACUUUUGUGACGUAAUUCCUCUUUUAAAGCUCUCGUGCACUAGUACAUACAUCAACGAGCUUUUGUUGAUGGUUGUAGGCGGUUUCAAUGUGUUAGCAACAACUGUGUCCAUCAUCAUCUCCUAUAUUUUUAUACUCAACAACAUCCUUCGAAUCCCAUCAGCGGAGGGCAGGUCCAAAGCUUUUGGUACUUGUGGCUCUCAUCUUACAGCCGUUGGGAUUUUCUAUGGAUCUAUCGUAUUUAUGUAUUUUAAGCCGGAAGCCAGUAGCAGUAUGACCCAGGAGAAGGUGGCUUCUGUGUUCUAUACCACAGUGAUUCCUAUGUUGAACCCCUUAAUUUACAGCUUGAGGAAUAGGGAUGUAAAAACUAUCCUCAAGAAAGUCAUGGGUAUGAAGUUUAGACAACCCCAGGUUAGUAAUCAGAACCAGUAA